AUGCCAAAAUAUGCAAAGUUCCUCAAAGAGCUUCAACCCAAUAGAAGGAAGAUGGAGGAGGUGAAAGAAGUAGUCCUUAAUGAAAACUGCUCGGCUACCAUGUUAAACAAAUUACCAAAGAAGAAAGGUGACCUGGGAAGCUUCACUUUGCCUUGCCAAUUUGGCAACUUGGCCACCAUCCAUGCUUUGGCUGAUUCGGGAGCAAGUGUGAACCUCAUGCCCUAUUCAUUCUUCAAGAAAUUGGAUCUCCCGGAACCAAGGCCAAUCCGCAUGGCAAUUCACUUAGCAAACAAGACAGUCACAUUUCCAAGAGGAAUAUGUGAAGACUUAUUAGUCAAGGUGGACAAGUUGGUAUUUCCCGCAGAUUUUAUAAUUCUAGACAUGGAAGCGGAUCCUCAAGUCCCGAUCAUCCUUGGAAGACCUUUCCUCAACACGACAAGUGCUAUAGUGGACAUGAGAGACUCGAAGCUUACUUUACGGGUAGGAUAA